GCACGGAUCCCGUAAGGAGACGGCAAUUGCAAGAAAUAUGGAGGGUUUGAAGUUUUCUAGCAACACCAUGCAGGUGAGUUUUGUGUGUCAGCGCUGCAGUCAGCCACUGAAACUCGACACAUCCUUCAACGUCUUAGACAGAAUGACUAUCCAUGAGCUCACAGCUCCAUUAUUGACGGUGACAGCCAAUAAACAGUCGGAAAGCAGUGAGGGCAGCCGUUUUCCUGAGGAGACCUUUUUGGAGAGCAAACAGGAUGGUGUGGCUCGGAAAUACAUCCCACCUGCAAGGAUGAUGUCAACUGAAAGUGCAAAUAGUUUCACUCUAAUUGGAGAAGCUUCAGAUGGAGGAACUAUGGAGAACUUGAGUCGCAGGCUGAAAGUGACAAGUGAUCUGUUUGAUAUCAUGUCUGGUCAGACAGACAUUGAUCACCCACUGUGUGAGGAGUGCACAGACACACUACUGGAUCAUCUGGACACACAACUCAGCAUCACAGAAAAUGAGUGCCAGAAUUACAAGAGCUGUUUAGAGCUGCUGUCUCAACUACCAGAAGAAGAGGAAGCCAGUCUACUGAAUGCACUGCAGCAGCUGAAACAAGAGGAGGAAUCUCUGAUCCGGGAGCUGGAGAGCAUUGAGGUGCAGCGUGAAGCUGUGGCCAAAGAGCUGGCCGAGGGACGAAACCAUAGCCAGCUGAUGGACACAGAAGAACUUCAGUAUCAGAAGGAGUACUGCGAGUUUAAAAGACAGCAGCUGGAGUUGGAUGAUGAUCUUAAGAGUGUGGACAAUCAAAUGCGUUACUGUCAGAUUCAGCUGGACAGACUCAAGAAGACCAAUGUUUUCAAUGCCACCUUUCAUAUCUGGCACAGUGGGCAGUUCGGAACAAUAAAUAACUUCCGCCUAGGCAGAUUACCCAGUGUACCAGUGGAAUGGAAUGAGAUCAAUGCAGCCUGGGGUCAAACUGUACUUCUGCUGCAUGCACUUGCAAAUAAGAUGGGACUAUGCUUUCAGAGAUAUCGACUAGUUCCUUAUGGAAACCAUUCCUAUUUGGAAUCUCUCACAGAUAAGUCCAAGGAGUUGCCGUUGUAUUGCUCAGGUGGUCUCCGCUUUUUCUGGGAUAAUAAAUUUGACCAUGCUAUGGUGGCCUUCCUUGACUGUGUCCAGCAGUUUAAAGACGAGGUGGAGAAGGGUGAUACAGGCUUUUGUCUGCCAUAUAGGUUAGGCAUGUUGGCUGGCCAAUCAAGCACAGUAAUAUCAUGGUCAGCAUACCACUUGGAAGUGUUUUUUGCACUGUGGGCAGGUGCUAAAGUCUGUCUGGAAAAGGAAAUCAGCAUCUCCAUAAAGCUUGUCAGCAGAUGAAAGCAUAAAGUGCUCCAAAAUCUCCUGGUAGACGGCUGCAUUGACUUUGGACUUGAUACAACACAAUGGACCAACAUCAGCACACGUCACGGCACCCCAAAUCAUCACUGACUUCAGAAACUUCACACUGGACUUCAAACAGCUUGGAUUCUGCCUCUCCAAUCUUCCUCCAGACUCUGGGACCAUGAUUUCAAAAUGAAAUGCAAAAUUUACUUUUAUCUGAGAAGAGGGACCACUUUGAAUCACUGAGCAACAGUCAAGAUCAUUUUCUUAUUAGCCCAGGUAAGAUGCUUCUGACAUUGUUUCGGUUUCAGAAAUGGCUUGGUGGCCCUUUUCCUGAAGACGUCUGAGUGUGGUGACUCUUGAUGCGCUGACUCCAGCUUUAGUCCAUUCCUUGUGAAGCUCUCCCAAGUGUUUGAAUCAGCUUUGCUUGACAGUUUUCUCAAGCUUGCGGUCAUCCCUGUUGCAUGUGCACCCAAUUUCUUCCUUCCAGUCAACUUUGCAUUUAAUAUGCUUUGAUACAGCACUCUGUAAACAGCCACCCCUUUCAGUAAUGACCUUCUGUGACUUACCUUCUUUGUGGAGGGUGUCAAUGACUGUCUUCUGGACCAUUGCCAAGUCAACAGUCUUCCCUAUUAUUGUGGUUUCAAAGAACAAGAGAUACCUGGAAUUUAUACUAUAGGGAUGGACAUUUAAUGAAACUCAAAUGUAAAUAUUCUAAUAUUUUGAGAUACUGGAUUUUUGACUUUCACGAGCUGUAAGCUCUAAUCAUCAAAAUUAAAACAAAAAAUAUUUGAAUUGCUUCCCUUUACAUGUAAUGAAUCUAGAAUAUAUGAGUAUAUAAGUUUCAGUUUUUGCAAUAAGUUACAAACAUAUUCUAUUCUAUUUUUUUGAGAUGCACCUGUAUAAAAACCCCCCUUAUACUGUGUGAGAAAAAUAUUGGGCAUCAUAUUAUAAGUAUUAAUAUAAAUUAGUUUUACAGUACAUUUAAAGCAAUAAAAGUUUUAGAAGAGAUUUAAAAACAUUUUUUUAAAGAGAGAAAAAGUUUUUUUAAAAUUUUUUCCCCUAUUUUUCUCUCUUCAAAAACUGGUAGGCUAACUAUAAACUCUCUCUUUUAUUUUUUUGCUCUCCAAAAUCUUUUUUAUCUCUCUUACAAACUUUUUCUGUCUCCAAAAUUGUUUUCUCUCUUCCAUUUUUUUUUUCCUCUGUCUCAAACUUUUUCCACAGAGCCCCUAAAGCAACAUGGUGGUAGAAAAAAAAUGGGAGGAAAAAAUAUUUUUUUUAAAAUGUUUUUUAAAACUUGCAUUCCCCAAGAAACUUUGCAUUCUUUAACAAACCUUUUGCGUUCUCUCACAAAGACAUUUGCGUUCCCUGGCAAAACUUUUGCAUUCUCUCGCAAAACCAGAGUUCGGACAAAAACUUCCUGUUUACUUUACAGCUUGCAGUGGUUCAUACAGCUUCAUUCCUUUACAGUGGAGCAGUUUAUUUAAAACGCAACAAAACAGGUCCAUAGGUGUGACAGGUAUACAGUAAAAUAUAUUAGGAAAAUAUACUUCAUACAGGAAAGAUUAGUCUAGAACAGGGGUGUCAGAGAACCAGAGAACACAAAAGUUUUUCAAGGGAACGCAAUUAUCUCUGCGAGGAUUUCUUUGAGAAAAAAAUAAUUUGAAAAAUACUUUUUCUUCCCACCUCUUAUUUUUUUAAGGGCAUUGUUUCUCAACCCUGAUCCCAGGCACCCCCAAACACUGCACAUUUUGUAUGUCUCAUAUAUCUGACACACCCAUUUUAGGUUCUUGAGUUUCCUUUAAUGAGCUGAUGAGUUGAAUUAGGUGUGUUUGAUUAGGGAGACACACAGAAUGUGCAGUGUUCUUUCACUUCUGUAUACUGGCUUUUACGGCACAUUCAGCGGUCUUUCUCAGGUCUGUGCGGUUAAGUGCGAGAUUGUUCCCCUGGGUGCUUUGGUGGUUUCUGAAAGAACAAAUUCCCUAUUUAAAGAGCAUUACACAGCGACUUGCAUCUUUGUAAAGAUGCUGUUCCAUCUGUGUCCAUCUGGGUGGUCCGUCUUCCCGUCGGAACUGCAUUCAGGGAGGCGCCUUCCAUGGCACGUCUGCCAUCGCGGGCCCACUGGUUUGCGGCAGUAGACCUAACGGACGCAUACUUUCAUGUCUCCAUCCUCAAGACAGCAGUUCCACUGAAACUAUUUCAGAGGCUCCUGGGGCAUUUCACAGCUACGGUCACACCACUUGGACUGCUUCAUACGAGACUGCUUCAGCGUUGGCUUCAUGACCGAGCCCCAAGAUGGGCAUGGCACACAUCACGUGCCUAUCACGCCAAUCUGUCGCCGUCUUUUCAGCCUUUUGCCUAACCAGACUUGGUUCAACUUUGUCAACCCCUCCCUGGCGUAUUCCCCUGAGGAAGGACCUUCUUUCUCAGGGGCAGGGCACAAUUUGGCAACUGUGCCCAGAUCUCUGGAACCUCCACAUCUGAGUCCCUGGAUGGGACAGGGUGGAGUUCAGAGACCUAUUACCAGCUGUGAUAGAUACGAUUACUCAGGCAAGAGCUCCUUCUACGAGACAGCUCUACGCUCUGAAGUGGUGCAUAUUCACUUGGUGGUGCGCCUCCCGCAGUGAGGACCCACAGAGAUGUAGGCUUGGGGCAGUGCUUUCCUUUUUACAACAAGGCUUAGAAAAGCGCCUGUUUGCCUCCUCAUAUAAAGUUUACAUGGUUGCCAUUGCGGCGAACCAUGAUUUGGUAGAUGCUAGAUCUUUUGAAAAGCACAACCUCAUAGUUAGGUUCCCAUGAGAGAGUAAAUCUCCAAGGCAUUUAUUUGGACCGACAACGAGUUCCACGCAUCUAAACAGCUCUUUGUUUGCUUUGGAGAACAGCACAAGGAGAAGGCUGUCUCCAAAGCAGAGAAUGGCUCACUGAAUUAUGGAUGCCGUUCUCAGGGCGUACCAGGCCUAGGAAUAUACUGUUUCCACUAGGGGUUAGAGCUCAUUUAACUCGUGGCAUUGCUGCAACUUCAGCACUAGCACAUGGCGCAUCACAAGAAGACAUAUGUAGAGCUGGGGUCUGGGCUACACCCAACAUAUGUUAUCAAUCAGGUUUAUAGCAGCUGUUUUUUUUUUCUAAAAGCUAUAUGUGUAUGCCUUAUUAAAUAAUCAGAAGAGGCCACAGCUGCAGUGACCUCUUGCUAGGUGAGUAGCGCUCCUUGUAAGAAACAGGAGACCUGAGGUCAUUUACCCUGGACAUUGGAAGAGUCUGCGUCACUGCACUUGUCGUUGGCACGCCCAUGCUUGCUCCCACAUGCUCUGUUCACCUCAUAACUCAGUGCAGUAGUUGUGGCAUUUAGUAUAGGGACCCCCAUGUGUCAUUAUACGACACAUGUUGUAGUGAACAACAGAAAGGGAAUGUCCCAGUUUGUAUGGUAAACCCUCAUUCCCUGAUUGAGGGAAUGAAGUCGUGUGUCCCUCUGGCCACAACUCUGUAGUAACCUCUGAUGUGCCGAGACACUACCUCAGCUCCUCAGAACAAUGCUGAAGUGCGAUCUGCACACACCAGGCCGUGGCUUCACAUGCAAAUUUUGCAUGCCAAUGUUAUUCGCAUUUCAUUGGCUUUUUCUGAUAUUCUCAAGAAUGAUCCCCCGUAUGUUGUUAUAUGACACAUAUAUAUCUUCAUAUAUAUCUCCGUUCCCUCCAUCAGGAAACAAGGGUUACUAUACAUAACCAAGAUAUUCUUGAGAGUGAGGGGAAAAAAAGAACAUUUUGGGUGAGGAAAAAAAGUGAGAGAGAAAAAAAAAACGUAGGACUUAUAGGCUAUGUAUAAAGUUUUUGGAGAAAGAAAAAAUAAUUAAAGAGAGAAAAACUUUUUUUUUUCCAUCUCUUCAAGCCCAGCAUAAUUUACAGUGAUUGACAUCAGUUUACUGCUAUUUUGCUGCUGAAUAAUGUAGGCUAACUACUGUGUAAUGUUAAUGUAUUCACAGUUUUACUGCAGUUUUACCUGUUUAAUAAAUAGCAGUCAUACAAUGUAUCCGUAUAAAACACCGCUAGUCAGCUACGUUUAUAGACCUAAUUAUGUUACUAAUAUAGCCUAGUAAUUAUUAGCUGAAUGUAUAUUUAUGUGAG